GCCCAGCGCUAACUGAUGGGGUCAGCCCUGUCCUCGGUCUCAUUAUGUCCUAAUUGAUUGUCUCGAGCUGGAAACGGAGCCAAUAGGGUGUCUCCUCCUCCUCCUCCUCCUCCUCCUCUCUUGUGGAGGUGAUGCUGAGCCGGUAUAAAGCCCCCCCACCCACCCAACUUCUCACUCAGAGCGUCUCGAUGCCUUUUCUCUACUUUUUACUUUAUUUUCUGCUGAAACAAACAAACUGAAAUCUCCCUCGAUCACUCUGGGUUCUCUCUCUGGAGUCUUUGGCCACGCAUCAUCCUCGCGGCCCCCCCCCCCCCCCCACCCCGGAUCCUCGGUCAUGGGCUCCGUUCUGCCCGCGGGCUCCUCUCUGGCUCUGAAGCCGGCCUUCAAGCAGCAGCCCCCGGCACCGCUCUCACUGGCGGACAUCAUCACUUCGGACAUCCUGCACAGCUUCCUGUACGGGCGCUGGAGGCACGUGCUGGGCGAGCAGCAGCAUCACCUGCAGCACGAGGACCGCACCGCCCCGAGCGCGAGCCCCAAGACCGCCUUCACCGCCGAGGUGCUGGCGCAGUCCUUCUCCGGAGAGGUGCAGAAGCUUUCCAGUCUGGUUUUACCCAGUGAGGUGAUCAUAGCUCAGAGUUCAGUCCCAGGAGAAGGCCUCGGGAUUUUCUCUAAAACCUGGAUCAAAGCGGGGACGGAGAUGGGACCGUUCACCGGACGCCUGGUCUCACCUGAACACAUCGACCUGUACAAGAACAACAACCUGAUGUGGGAGGUGUUCAACGAGGAUGGGACGGUCCGAUACUUCAUUGAUGCGAGCCAGGAGGACCAGAGGAGCUGGAUGACCUACAUCAAGUGUGCCCGAAACGAGCAGGAGCAGAACCUGGAGGUGGUUCAGAUCGGCAGCAGCAUCUUCUACAAGGCCGUGGAGACGAUCCCUCCUGACCAGGAGCUUCUCGUUUGGUAUGGGAACUCCCACAACACGUUCCUGGGAAUUCCUGGAAUUCCAGGAGGAGACGAUGAACAGAGCAAGAAGACCAAAACAGGACCUGCUCUUCUUUUUACAGAUGACUUCCAUAUCUGUGAAGGGUCGGCUUCCUCCUCUUCCUCUUCCACCUCUUCCUCCUCUUCCUCCUCCUCCUCCUCCUCUAGUCUGGGGCGCAUGCGCUGCGUCAUCUGUCAUCGUGGUUUCAACUCUCGCAGCAACCUGCGCUCUCACAUGCGCAUCCACACGCUGGACAAGCCGUUCGUCUGCCGCUUCUGCAACCGGCGCUUCAGCCAGUCGUCCACGCUGAGGAACCACGUGCGCCUGCACACCGGAGAGCGGCCCUACAAGUGCCACGUGUGCCAGUCGGCCUACUCGCAGCUGGCCGGCCUUCGCGCGCACCAGAAGAGCGCUCGUCACCGGCCCACAGGAGACGCCGUCGCUGCGGGGGCAGGCGUGGUGGUGGUGGCGGGGGGAGGAGUCCACUCCCCUCCUCCGUCUCACCCACCGCAGCUGACCGCCGUGCCCCAUCCGGCCUCGCUCGUCCAUCACAUACCCACCAUGGUGCUGUGAGCAAGGUUUACCCGCCCAUGUGGUCAGCCGGCCAAUCACUGACAGCCAGUCAAUAGGGAGCCUAAGUCACGCCCAUCUGCUUCCGCAUCACGGGUCCCCGGGAGAACGGAAAAAUUUAGUCAACGGGGCUAAAAACACUGUUUUCUGGUACCGACUGUUACGUUACGGAUUUCACGCAUGAUGCCCGUGAAUUUUGAGGACAUAUUUUGAUACGAAAAUUUCUGAUUUGGAGUCAUUCUACGAACUUUUACAAGCUGAUGAAUCCCAACGUACGUGACUGGCAUGACCGAAACUCCCAUCGUUAGUUUUCAUUUAAAUUGCAGCACAACAUGAGUAGAAGGAGAAGAAGAAGAAGCGCCUCUCAAGAUAAAAAUCACGAGGCGCUUCACAAAAACAAAAAAUGCAAAAAUAUAAAAAAGAAUUUAGAAAAUGGUUAAAAAUAUAUUUAAAAUGAGCAAAAAAUAGACAAUUGUGAUUAAAAAAAAUUUAAGAAAGCGAGAGAGUGAACAGGAAAGAGGGAAAUCAGUGGAUCCUGAGGAAGGUGGAAUAGGUGGGGAGAGCUCACACCAAAACCUGAACAAGUGAGUCUUCAGCUGCUUUUUAAAGGAGACCACUGAGUCCACUGAUCUCAGGCUCAGGGGGAGAGAGGUCCAGAGUCUGGGGGCCACAGCAGCAGAUGAUCUGUCACCUUUGGUCUUAAAGCUUGGUUUAUGCUUGACACAUUCACUUUCCGCUUGGUGAUGCGGCUCGCGGAUGGAACGCGCUUCACAACUCGCAGCGUUUAUGGUUCAUGCGGCUCGUCUCUGCGGUGAGCCAAUAUUCUCCCAAACUGUAGGGGGCAGCAUGGAGCUCUACGGCAUGAAUCCAACACUACACCAUAAUAGAAGUAGAAAUUACUGUUUACAACACGGCAUUCCAGCAUUUUUAACAGCGUCCUCGUCUUUUCCGACAGUGCGAGCUAUUUCUCUCCAAGAAUUAUUAACAACAUGUUGAUCACGGUGAUCUCUGAGAGCUGAAUCAUACAAAUGUCUGUAUUUACCAACCUCUGCCAUACUAGUUCUUGCCAGUCCGCCAUGUUUUUCCGCGUCCGACCGUCCGCAUGGUUAGAAAAUUAGGUGCACAGUGCGGAAAUUUUGGGCCGUGCGGUGGCGCGGUGGAGGGGCGUGGUUGUUAGAAUGACGCAAUUUCGCCGCGCGGAGCCGUGCGAACCUCGCGGACGCAUCAAGCAUAAACCAACCUUUAGCCUAGUGCGCUGCACAACCAGUAGGCUUUGAUCACUGGACCUCAGGGACCUGCUGGAGGUGUAGGGACUAAGAAGAUCACCAAUGUAUGAUGGUGCUUGUCCAUGUAAGGCCUAUAGACCAGAACCAGGAUGUGAUGCAGGGCGUAAGGCUGAGCGGGUCAGUAAAUAGCUCUUUCAGCCCCGUUGACUUGCAUUCGUUGUUCGUUCUUCCGCGGACCCGUGAGCCGACCGGAAGGGGAGGAGACUUAGGCUCCUGUAAGCAGCAGCGACGGUGAAUUCUUCUGCACAAUCAAACUAAAUGAGCUGCUGUUCGAACCCACUUCCUGGUUCUGGUUCUGAUGGAUGCAGAAACGCUGAAGCCUGAUGAACAUCAGCUGCUUCUGUCAGAACUUCAACUGUCAGGGUGGUGGCAGCCAUGUUGGAUGCUGAUCAAACCGUUUCCGCUGCGGUUCGCUUGUCACUGCUGCUUUGCCCAGCUCAGUGAGAAGCUUCAGGCUGCUGGGGAACAAACACACCGACCAAUCAGAACGGAUUUUGGUCCGGUUGCAUGAUGCUUGCCUUCCUGCCUGCCCUCUUGUGCUGUGUUUGUCUGCAUGAUCCUGGCCCUGUUAAAUGUUUUUGAUGUGCACUGCAAGCAGGAACCUGCUUUUUUUCUGGCUUCAACCCGUGUUCCACUGGGCGGAGCCUGUAGGUGACACAAAACAGAGAGCCUUCUUCAGGGAGCUGCUAAAACGUCUUAAAGGAUUCUCCGUUCCCUUCUGUUGGAGCUUUCAACGAGUUAAGAGAAUCUGCUCGACCCACUUCUCUCGGUCGGGUCUCCGACUGGUCAUGGGUGUCAGGACCCGUCUGGACUCUGUCUCAGCUUCUGAGUCCAAAACGAGAGGCAACUUAGAGAGGACCAGGAGAAUAAAUCUGAAUGAAACUAAAAUUACGUUUUUGUGACUUAAAUGCAACCUGGAAAUUUGCACCUUUGUCACAUAAUCAAGCAGGUGAAACUCAUUCCAGAAGAACCCGGUGUCGGUACAGGAUCUGCUCGGGUGCAGGAUCGGCUCGGGGUCCUUCGACAGCCGAUGAUGUCAAAGUAGUUGAUUGGCUGAACAUGAACCUUACGGAAGUUACGUAAUCACGUUACGUUGGUCCAGGCAAAUCUUUCUGUUGGAAAGAUGGACAACUUUUACAAAGAAAUCCAUCAUUACCUCUUUGAAAAUACACUUUUAGCAUAGAGCUGCAUGUAUAUUAGGGCUGAACGAUUAACUGCAUGUGCAAUUAAAUUACGAUGUGACAAAAGGAGAUUUUCUAAUCGCAAAGGCUGCAAUUUGGCAGCGAGUGGUUAGCGCAAUGCUAAUAUACAUGGAAAAACCCAUAGGAAUGCUAAUGCUAAAAUCACCAAUUACAUUCUUACAAAUUAUGAAUUAGAAACGUGCCAAAUGAUUACAUUUGGAGUCUAAUAGAAAGUAAAACUACCAUCAAUCAAAUAAGUACAGACAGGUAUUUUAGUAAAGCCAGAAAACUUUUAACUCCAGAGUUUUGGCUAGCAGCUAUGAGCGUACCUGAACUACGCAUGGACAAGACGUCAAAAACUCUAAACACAAAAUACUUCAAUAAACGGGACACACUUGUUUCCUGCAAAUACAAUUUCACAGGUGUUGCUAAUACCUAUGAUCCUUCAAGGGAUGUGCUCAAAGAGGAGUUCAACAUCAUGAAUACAAUAUAGUGUUUUAUUUUACAAACACCAUUAUAAACACAAACUUACGUCGUAAGAAACUUUAUUUUAAUAACGAAACUGCUAAAUUCUUUCCAACAGUAUAGAUGUGUAGUGUAUUUUGUCCGAGUGGGUUUGCCGUACUUUGAUGGCAGUCGUAGGACCCCGAGCCGAUCUUGCACCCGAGCAGAUCUUGUACCGACAACGGUUCCUUUUCAUUCAGACGCUCCUUUUUCCAACAAUCUCACUGAGAACCAGCGCUUCGGUGCUUCUUGGUGUCAGGUUGGAGGUGAACGGCUUCUCCUGACUCCACUUAGAGGAUUUUAAACCUCUGACAAAUAUUCUAUUCCAGGCAUCCGAGUUUGGAUAAAAAUACCCUGAACGGAUGGAGAUCCGAGUCAGGAUGAAUGUAUAAAACCUGCAGCUAUAUUAACUGAUUAUAAACACAAAUUUAAGUCCACAGUCACUUUAACUCACAUAUAAAACAUGUAUGAAGUAUGACCUGUUUAAGUAUGUGUCCUAAUAAAGUAUUGCUCCAGACUCUG